AUGAGGGGCCCGAGCGUGGCUCUGUGGCUCUUCCUCGCUCUGCGCACAGCGCUCAGCAGGAUGGAGGUGCGGUGGUGCACCACCUCAGACCCGGAGCAGCAGAAAUGCAGUGACAUGAGCAGAGCCUUCCAGGAAGCCGGUAUCCAGCCACCCAUCCUGUGUAUCCAGGGCACCUCCACUGACCACUGCAUCCAGCUCAUCGAGGCCCGGGAGGCUGAUGCCAUCACCCUGGAUGGAGGAGCCAUUUAUGAGGCAGGGAAGGAGCACGGCCUGAAGCCCGUGGUGGGCGAAGUAUAUGAUCAAGAGGUCGGUACCUCCUAUUAUGCUGUCGCCGUGGUCAAGAGGGGCUCCCACGUGACCAUCAACACCCUGAAAGGUGUGAAGUCCUGUCACACGGGCAUCAACAGGACGGUGGGCUGGAACGUGCCGGUGGGCUACCUGGUGGAGAGCGGCCGUCUGUCCGUGAUGGGCUGCGACGUGCUCAAGGCUGUCGGCGACUAUUUUGGGGGCAGCUGCGUCCCCGGGGCAGGAGAGACCGGCUACUCCGAGUCCCUCUGUCGCCUGUGCAGGGGCGAUGCUGCUGGGGAGGGCGUGUGUGACAAGAGCCCCCUGGAGAGAUACUACGACUACAGCGGGGCCUUCCGGUGCCUGGCAGAAGGGGCAGGGGCCGUAGCCUUUGUGAAGCACAGCACGGUGCUGGAGAACACGGACGGGAAAACUCUUCCCUCCUGGGGCCAGGCGCUGCUGUCCCAGGACUUUGAGUUGUUAUGCCGGGAUGGCAGCCGGGCCGAUGUCACUGAAUGGAGGCGAUGCCACCUGGCCCGCGUGCCUGCUCACGCCGUGGUGGUCCGGGCCGACGCUGACGGGGGCCUCAUGUUCCGGCUGCUCAACGAAGGCCAGCGUCUCUUCAGCCACGAGAGCAGCAGUUUCCAGAUGUUCAGCUCUGAGGCCUACGGCCAGAAGAACCUGCUCUUCAAAGACUCCACCUCCGAGCUGGUGCCCAUCGCCACGCAGACCUAUGAGGCCUGGCUGGGCCGCGAGUACCUGCAUGCCAUGAAGGGUCUCCUCUGUGAUCCCAACCGGCUACCUCACUACCUACGCUGGUGUGUGCUGUCCACUCCCGAGAUCCAGAAGUGUGGAGACAUGGCUGUGGCCUUCAGCCGGCAGAGGCUCAAGCCAGAGAUCCAGUGCGUGUCGGCUGAGUCUCCCCAGCACUGCAUGGAAUGGAUCCAGGCUGGGCAAAUCGAUGCCGUGACCCUGAAGGGCGAAGACAUCUACAUGGCAGGAAAGAAAUACGGCCUGGUCCCAGCAGCGGGGGAGCACUAUGCCCCGGAGGACAAUAGCAACGCCUACUUUGUGGUGGCCGUCGUGAAGCGGAACAGCUCCUACGCCUUCACCCUGGACGAGCUUCGGGGCAAGCGCUCCUGCCACUCAGGGUUCCGCAGCCCCGCGGGCUGGGACGUCCCCGUGGGCGCCCUGGUGCAGAGGGGCUUCAUCCGGCCCAAGGACUGCGACGUCCUCACAGCCGUGAGCGAGUUCUUCAGCGCCAGCUGCGUGCCCGUGAACAAUGCCAAGAACUACCCAUCCUCGCUGUGCGCGCUCUGUGUGGGGGACGAGCGGGGCCGAAACAAGUGUGUGGGCAACAGCCAGGAGAGGUUCUACGGCUACAGUGGCGCCUUCAGGUGCCUGGCUGAGAAUGCAGGGGACGUCGCCUUCGUCAAGCACACGACUGUCUUUGAAAACACAAAUGGCCAUAAUUCUGAGCCCUGGGCUGCUGAGCUAAGGUCAGAGGACUAUGAGCUGCUGUGUCCCAAUGGGGCCCGGGCCGAGGUGUCCCAGUUCGCGGCCUGCAAUCUGGCACAGAUGCCAUCCCAUGCCGUCAUGGUCCGGCCGGACACCAACAUCUUCACCGUGUAUGGACUGCUGGACAAGGCCCAGGACCUGUUUGGAGAUGACUACAAUAAGAAUGGCUUCAAAAUGUUCGACUCCUCCAACUAUCAUGGCCAAGACCUGCUUUUCAAGGAUGCCACGAUCCGGGCGGUGCCUGUCGGGGAGAAAACCACGUACCGGGCGUGGCUGGGCCCCGACUACGUGGCCGCUCUAGAAGGGAUGCUGUCUCAGCAGUGCUCGGGCGCAGGUAGGCCCUGCUGGCAGGCAGGUUCACCCCUCCAGAGGGAGAGCAGGGGUCCUGCCACGUCCCCCCUCCCCUGCCCGGCAUCCCUCCCAGCCUUGAACCCCCAAUCCUCCAGCGAACUGAGGGAUGCUCUGGGUGGUUACAGACCAUCAGGGUGA